AAAAAUGAGAUAAAAUUAGGGUUAUCGCUAUCUCCAGUUCUCCAUCGUUGCUUCCACACUGCGUACAGAAAAAUAAAAAAGAAAAUAUCCCGAGGAGAAAAUAAUAUCACUAAAAACCGUUUUCAUUUCUCUGACCGGAAAAGUGAACCUCGCCGUUGCCGUUCAGUCCCCUUCGAACUCCCAAUUUGCCGUCAAAUGGAGCUCGAUGAGACUCCACAGAUGCUCCCUCCCCCUCCCGGCAGCUUUAUCGACCGUGAAGAACUUAUUCAGCAUGUUGGUGAGUUUGCAGUCUCACAAGGCUAUGUUGUCACAAUCAAACAGUCCAAAAAGGAAAGAAUCGUGGUCCUUGGAUGUGACAGAGGCGGUGUUUAUCGGGACAGGCGUAAGCCCGUUGACGAGGCCCAAUCUGAGCCCAUUAGGAAAAGGAAGUCCGGUUCGCGGCUUACAAACUGCCCUUUUGAGCUCGUGGGCAAGAAGGAGGAUGGCCUGUGGGUCCUCUCUGUUAAGAACGGCUCACACAAUCACGAGCCGAUGAAGGACAUGUCAGAACAUCCUUCUGCCCGUAGGUUCAAUGAGAAGGAAAUUAUACUGAUUAAAGAAAUGACGGAGGCCGGGUUGAAGCCACGUCAGAUUCUGAAGAAGCUGAGGCAGACGAAUCCCGAGCUUUCGUCUACGCCUAAGCAUGUUUAUAACGUGAAGGCUAAGCUGCGUCAGGGGAAUCUCACUGUGAGAAGACUGAAGACAUUGACACCCUUUGCAGCAGUUGAGGCUUACUCUGAACCAUCAUCAUCUUCAGAGCCAUCAUGGAAGAGACGUUAUCCACCGAGGGUCCCGAACCUCAUUGGUGGUAGAUUUAUCGAUUCACAAUCAUUAACUUCCAUAGAUGUAUUAAACCCUGCUACACAGCAAGUGGUUGCGCAAGUCCCCUUAUCCACAGGUGAGGAACUUAAGGCUGCAGUAUUUGCAGCGAAAAGAGCUUUCACGUUAUGGCGAAAUACUCCCGUUACAACUCGCCAACGCAUUAUGUUCAAGCUUCAAGAGCUUAUCCGCCGAGAUAUUGAUAAGCUUGCUGGGGUUAUAACAGCAGAACAGGGCAAAACUUUGAAGGAUGCCUUUAAUGAUGUGUCCCGUGGGAUUGCAAUUCUUCUGCAGAUGUUUCCAGUAGCUGUUACGUGUGGCAAUACCUUUAUAUUAAAGCCAUCCGAGAAAGCACCAGGGGCUUGUGUACAUCUUGCUGAGUUAGCAAUGGAGGCUGGUUUGCCAAGCGGGGUCCUAAAUAUUAUUCAUGGGACUAAUGACAUAAUCGAUGCCAUCUGUGAUGAUGAUGAAAUCAAAGCUGUGUCUUACAUUGGAUCAGAUGCUCCCGGUAUGUAUGUUCAUGCAAAGGCAUCAGCCAACUAUAAACAUGUUCAGACAAAUGUUGGUGCAAGGAGUCUUGCUGUCAUCAUGCCAGAUGCAAAUAUGGAUGCUACUUUAAAUGCUUUAGUUUCUGCCGGUUUUGGUUCUGCAGUACAGAGGUGUACAGCAAUCAGUACAGUUAUUUUUGUUGGAGGAUCAAAUUCCUGGAUAGACAAGCUCGUGGAGCGGGCCAUGAGUCUGAAGGUAGGUGCUGGAAGUGAACCAGGUGUGGACAUUGGUCCUGUGAUCAGCAAGCAGGUUAAGGAGCGAAUAUCCAGAGUCAUCCAAACAUUUGUUGAGAAUGGUGCUCGAUUAGUUCUUGAUGGGAGAAAUAUUGUGGUUCCCAGGUUUGAGCUUGGGAACUUUGUUGGGCCGACAAUCUUAACUGAUGUCAGAGAGGACAUGGUUUGUUACAAGGAAGAAAUUUUGGGUCCGGUUCUUCUUUGCAUGAAGGCUAGAUGCUUAGAUGAGGCAAUAGGAAUUGUCAACAGAAACAAGUACAUGGUCUUCCUUGAAAUGGAAAUGGAGCUUCUAUUUUUACAUCUUCCUGUGCCACUGCAAGGAAAUUUCAGUUUGAGAUUGAGUCUGGGCAGGCAAGUUUCUUUGACGACUUUCUUUAGGAAACUACUGAAUUUUUUUUUUGGUUUUCUGUUGUUUGGGACUAAUUUGUUUCGGAUUCAGAUUGGUGUGAACGUAGCUAUCGCAGCCCCAUUGCCUUUGUUCUCGUUUGCCGGCUCCAAAGCUUCAUUUACCGGAGAUAUCAAUAUUUACGGCAAGACCGGAAUCCAGUUCUACACCCGGACGAAAACCGUGACCCAACAGUGGAGGGACCUCACCAACCGUGGGGCCCACCACCCAGUGUCCGACACGAAUGAUGAUGACGAGGAGCACCACGUGGACUUCCCUCCGGUUGGUGGGGAAUUCUCGAGUGGGGUGGUCGUGUCCUUGCCGUUUGGCGGUGGGGCCCACCACCAAAUGCCCUCGAGGGAUUUCUUGAGCAGCCAAGGGGAGUCGAUGGUGGAGCCCACGCACGGUAUGCCCGUCGUCGGGGACGGGAUCUCCUCGAUUCCCGCGCUUGAUGCGUCCCAAUGGGCCGUUCAUUUUUAGCUCUUCUCUCUUUUCUCUUUUCUCUCAUACGUAUUGUGGGCUGAAGCAACUGGGAUAUGGCCCAACUCCUAUAUGAGUUACUUACUUCAUUUGCUCGUCUGUUUCU